UCACCCGCGGCCGGUUGCCGGGGUAACAGCAGCGGCCAUGGAGGGCGGCGGGCGGCCGUCGCUGGUGCAGGCCGCGCUGCUGGCUGCUAGCACCGCGCUCACCGCCCUCGUCUGCUCCGUGUACCGGCACAGGGCCCGCAUCGCCCGCGGCCUCGAGGGCGCCAGGAGGGUCCGGCUGGACGGGGACCUACGGGCGGUGCUGCUGGAAGCACCAGGGCGCUGCGUGCCCUACGCGGUCAUCGAAGGGGUGGUGCAGUCUGUGAAGGAGACCCUGAGCAGCCAGUUUGUGGAGAACUGCAAGGGCGUCGUGCAGCGGCUGACGCUGCAGGAGCACAAGAUGGUGUGGAACCGAACAACACACCUCUGGAACGACUAUGAGAAGAUCAUCCACCAGAGAACCAACACAACUCCCUUUGACCUGGUGCCUGUGGAGGAGGGCACCCCCAGCAUCACCGUGAGGGUGAUGAAGCCUCUGGAUGCGGCUGAGCUCAGCCUGGAGACGGUGUAUGAGAAAUUCCACCCCUCUGUCCAGUCCUUCACAGAUGUCAUCGGCCACUACAUCAGCGGGGAGCGCCCCAAGGGCAUCCAGGAGACAGAGCAGAUGCUGAAGGUGGGCACGGCGCUGACCGGGGUGGGCGAGCUGGUCCUGGAUAACGCCACCAUCAAGCUGCAGCCCCCGAAGCAGGGCAUGCCCUACUACCUGAGCGCCAUGGAUUUUGACUCCUUGCUCCACAGGCAAGAAUCCAGCGUCCGGUUCUGGAAAAUCCUGACUGUGGUUUUUGGCUUCGCUACCUGUGCCAUCCUCUUUGUCAUCCUCCGGAAGCAAUACCAGCACCACCGCGAGCGGCAGCACCUCAGGCAGAUGCAGGAUGAGUUCCGGCAGGCCCAGGAGCGCCUCAUGAGGGAAAUGAACGUGGAGGGGGGAGAGACACUCAAAAACGCCUGUGUCAUCUGCUUGAGCAACACCAAAUCCUGCGUGUUCCUGGAGUGUGGGCACGUGUGCUCCUGCAACGAGUGCUACCAGGCACUGCCUGAGCCCCGGCGGUGCCCCAUCUGCCGGCAGGGCAUCACCAGGGUGGUUCCUCUCUACAACAGUUAAAUUCA